GGGGGGGUAAGACCGCGUCCGUCACCGGGUGUAUGAAGUCGGUUUCGAGUGAAAAUAGGGAGCUGCUGCGUGUGGCGAGAGAAGAGAAAGAAAAAAAAAAACGAGAAGAAGGAGAAGCAGAACAGCGUCUCGCCGGUGACUCGCCGGUGACUCGCCGGUGGCCAGCAGCACCAUGGACAGCGAUCCGGUGCCACCGUGCCACCGAAACAUCGGUAUCGGGGAACAAGGGGACGACAUGUGCUAAAGCGGGGGCUUGUCGUUUUAAUCAUGCUCAUGGAAUCCAAUGUGUGUUCCUGUAUCUCUGCUGGGAGGUGUGCAAGGUGUGAUGACCGGGGUCUCUGGCUCGGAAUCCUGCGGGCGUGAGGCGGGUUCCAGCUGUCUUCGCUUCGGGGUGCGUUCCUAUCUGCACCACUUCUACCAGGAGUGCUCGUCCUCCGUGCGGGAGAGAGACCCCCCCGGGGGCCGGGGUCGGGUCCGGAGGCCGAGGUCAACGCUGUGGUGGAAGUCUGCGGUCUGGAAGGUGUACCUGGCCCUGGGUCUGCCCGUGCUGACUUUGGGCAUCGCCAUCCUGUCCGUCGGUUACUCCACCCCCCACAGAAUCGAGUCGUUCGGGGAGGGGGACCUGUUUUUCGUGGACACCGAGGCGGUCAGCUUCAACCGGGGGCUGCGCCUCAGCGCCGCCGCAGGGGUCGGGCUCGCCUGCCUCGGAUCGGCGCUGGCGGCGAUGGGGGUGGUGUUUUUGGUCCUCCCCGGGGCCAAACUGGAAUAGAGAGGCCCGUUCCGCGGGCCUGGGGAGGCGGACCGGAGAGGAGAGUCCGGGUCCAAACGGAUGAGAUCCCCAAGGGGUCCCAGGGACGCGGUCACUAAGCCUCCAGGUGGGGGAGGAGGGGAAGAUACCCGUCACUCCGUCCCGAGCACCUGCACCCCCCCCCCCCCCCCUCUUAGAGCGGGUCCCCUCUGAGCCCUUGUUCUGGUCCUGGGGCCUCUUUUACCUCGUCCUAAUUAUCGGUGUCAUUUCAGCACGCAAAUGUUCAAAUGGACAUAAAAGGAACCGCUGCGAUCAGAAAGGACUUCACAUCUUGGUGACCUUUGACACGCAGGUUCAACCAAUAGCGAGAAGUCUUGACCAAACUGUUGGAUCACUUUAUAUUUGUAUGUGAACAAAAUCCCAGUGAGAGCAGAACAGAACAAAACCUGCAUGGUUUCAAAAGC